ACCAUUGGUUGCAGCACCCGCGAACGCUAUCCAGGUCAAGUGUCAAUAUGGCCUGUGUUCAAGGCAAAAGCCUUAUCAUCUACUUCCAAGUGCAUAUCUUAUUAAAUUUGUGCUUCGCCGAACCCCAAUUGGACUUACCCCCAUUAAGCCAGUCGAGCACACCAAGAUACGGUGGUUAUGGAUUACUAUCCAGUACACAAUCCUCAAUAAACUCGCCAGGAAACCAGUUUGAUAGGAACUUUCAAUAUUCAACAGCUCGCCCGAAUCAGAACAGUCCCGGCGUAUUCCCGGUGUCCUCAACGCCUUACAGCCAAAUUAAUCCUGAUAUCAGUAACAAUGGUUAUCCUAAUAAUAAUUAUGGAAGCUCCACGCUAAGACCUGAUGAUAGGAAUCGGGAUGACAGAAUCGAUGUAAACAACGAUCCCAAUUUCAGAAGGAAUGACCCCAAUUUUAUAAGGAACGAUCCAAAUUACGUAGGUUCUAAUCCAUAUGAGUUUAAUAAUAAUAAUAUCGACGAGAGACUGCAUGCAGUCAAUUUGCAGCAGAUAAGAGAUUUUCUUUUGAAAGCUGAUGACCAGGCAUCGAAGGAGUGUACCAACAAUGUGGCUGCCCAGUGGAACUUUGAGACGGAUGUGAAUGAUGCUACUCAACAUGCCGCAUUGGAUGCACAGCAGCGUUACACAUUAUUCCAGCGGGGACUAUGGGAAGCCGCUCAGCAAAUCCCCAGGGGCUUCAUUAGGGAUUACCCGACCUUCAGGCAGCUGAGGAUGCUGUCCAUCAUCGGACCGGCUGCGCUACCACCUGAUCAACUUGACCGAUACAACAGGAUCAUUAACGACAUGCUAGCUGUGUACAACACGGCUGAAAUCUGCGCAUACAACGAACCGUUCAAGUGUGGACUCCACUUACAACCUGAACUUCAAUUCAUCAUGUCCCACUCGAGGGACUGGGACGAGCUGUCCCACGUGUGGACCGAAUGGAGAAGGAAUACGGGCAGACGUAUCCGGGAUCUGUAUGAACAGCUGGUGGAUUUGACCAAUCAGGCGGCCAGAUUGAAUAAUUUCACUGACGCUUCCGCCUACUGGAUGUUCCCUUAUGAAUCUGGUAAUUUGAGACAAGAAGUUGAAGAAGUUUGGGAACAGGUAAAGCCACUAUACGACCUCCUUCAUGCGUACGUCCGCCGGCGGCUCAGGGAAGCAUACGGCCCUGAAAGAAUAUCUCGUUCUGCACCAAUACCCGCCCACAUUCUCGGAGACAUGUGGGGACAGAGCUGGUCGGGCAUUGUGCCAUUCACCUUGCCGUACCCUGGGAAAACCCUGGUCGAUGUUACACCGGAGAUGAUACAACAGGGCUACACUCCACUGACCGUCUUCCAACUGGCCGAGGAGUUCUUUGUAUCCAUGAACAUGUCUGCCAUGCCACCUGACUUUUGGGCGCUGAGCGUGUUCGACCAACCCCAAGAUAGGCACAUCCACUGUCAGCCAUCAGCUUGGGACUUUUGCAACCGGCACGAUUAUCGUAUCAAAAUGUGCACCCACGUAGAUAUGAAGGACUUGGUGACAGCGCAUCAUGAAAUGGCACAUAUUGAAUAUUUCCUGGCGUACAGUAAUCAACCCAAGGUGUUCCGAGAUGGGGCUAAUCCUGGUUUCCAUGAGGCGAUUGGCGAGGCUAUCGCUCUCUCGGUGUCAUCACCGCGCCAUCUCCAAACCCUGGGCCUGGUGCAGCGUUCUGUUGAUGACACAGCCCACGAUACCAACUAUCUGUUCACUCAGGCUAUGGACAAGCUUGCCUUCCUACCAUUCGCAUUGGUCAUGGACAGGUGGAGAUGGGAUGUGUUCACGGGCGAUGUGAGGAAGGAACAGUAUAACUGUCAUUGGUGGAGAUUGAGGGAGCAGUAUCAGGGAAUCAAACCUCCGGUUCUCCGUUCCGAGUUGGACUUCGAUCCCGGCGCGAAAUAUCACAUUCCAGCCAACAUUCCAUAUAUAAGGUAA